CUUCUCCUCCUCCUCUCCCCCAAGUCUCCUCCGCUGCCCGAACCCCCCAUUUCGAAAUUCGAUUUGGGGAUUCCGGCUCAGAUCCGAGCCUCCGGCCACCCGCUCGAUCUGCGCCCGCGGCCGCCGCUGGAGGAGCUGAGCGGCGUCCGGCUCGAUUCGCCCGCGGGGAUUUGCUGCGGGGGGAGGGAGGAGGUUUUUUUCCCGCUCCGAUGGCGUCUUCUCCGGUGUCCUACUGGUGCUACCACUGCAGCCGCUUCGUGCGGGUCUCCCCUGCCACCGUCGUCUGCCCGGACUGCGACGGCGGCUUCCUCGAGCAGUUCCCGCACCCGCACCCGCACCCGCCGCCGCCGCCGCAGCGCGGCGGCGGCGGCAGCGGCCGGCGCGGCGCGAUGAACCCGGUCAUCGUGCUGCGCGGCGGCUCGCUCUCCGGCUUCGAGCUCUACUACGAGGACGGGUCCGGCGACGGGCUGCGGCCGCUGCCGGGGGACGUCUCGCACCUGCUCAUGGGGUCCGGCUUCCACCGCCUGCUCGACCAGUUCUCCAGGCUGGAGGCGGCGGCCCCGCGCCCGCCGGCCUCCAAGGCGGCCGUCGAGUCCAUGCCGUCCGUCACCGUCCCCGGCGGCGGCGGCGCCCACUGCGCGGUCUGCCAGGAGGCGUUCGAGCCCGGCGCCGCCGCCCGCGAGAUGCCCUGCAAGCACGUCUACCACCACGACUGCAUCCUCCCCUGGCUCUCCCUCCGCAACUCCUGCCCCAUCUGCCGCAGCGAGCUCCCCGCGGCCGCCGUCCCCGAGGCGGAGGCGGACGCCGGGCUCACCAUCUGGCGGCUCCCCCGCGGCGGAUUCGCGGUCGGGAGGUUCGCCGGUGGGCCCAGGGAGCAGCUGCCGGUCGUCUACACGGAGCUGGACGGUGGGUUCAGCAACGGGGUCGGCCCAAGGCGGGUGACAUGGCCGGAGGGGGAAGGGCAGGUGGACGGCGGCGAAGGCCGGAUUCGCCGUGUGUUUAGGAACCUAUUUGGCUGCUUCGGUCGGGGCAGCAGCCGGCCGGAGAGUUCCUCGCAGUCCCGUAGUGGCUGAGCAAAAGUUAUUCUCGGUAACUCACUUCCCAUUGAUGAUAGUGGUGAAUAAGUAGGAGCUAGUAGUAUAAGGAGGAAACCCAGGUCAUGAGUUCCUUGGGUCUUUUGGUGUAAAUGAAGGGCUUGCAUUCCCCUCUUUUGUUAAGAAUUUAGAGAUGGCCAUGAACAACCAACUCAGUAUUUACAUUUCAAAGUAAACUAGGAGGAGCAGACCCAAGUCUUGGAAUAGAGAUGUAGUAUGGGGUAAAAUCAAUCGUUCGAAAUAUUGUAGGCAGAGAGAAGAACAGUUGUUGUUCUCACUUCUGUACUGGUUGUGCAUAUACUGGAUUUAUUCAAGAUGAAUUCAGGUUUUGCAGU